AUGAGAGACAAACACAAUAGGAGUCCGCUUUUCUUUGCAUGUCUUGGCCAAUCCCUCGAUAAUGCAGAAGUACUACUCGUCACGCUGCUGGAGAUGAAGGUGCCAGUGAAGGAGAUUAACCAGGUGACCAAGAGAAAGCGCUCUGUAAUUCACCAGGCUGCGUCACAUGGAUUCAAUACUAUCAUUGAAAAGCUUAUUGAAGCCGCAAGGGCAGAACAAGACCUCGAGAGCUUGGCAAUCAACGUCCAGGAUUCUUGUAAAGGGAUGACGCCGCUGCACCGAGCGGCUGUUUUUGGUCAUGUGGAUUGUAUCAGUUCAUUGUUAGAAGCACAAGCAGAUGCUACGAUUCGCGACAAGAAUGGAAGGGCUGCUCUUGUCCUUGCUUACGAACAGUGGACUCUGUCAGACAGUCAAGAGUUUGAAAAGAGUAUUUCCCUCCUCAUUGUAGCAGAUGCCGAUGCUGCACGAGCGGAUGCUGAGCUGGCAGCAAUUUGCGCUGCCAAUGGGAGCGUACCACUUCUUCGAAAGCUCAGUGAACUGGGCGCAGACCUCAGUCGCCAAGAUCAAUACAGCUGGACCCCACAGCAACUAGCACGCAAAUACAGGCGUACUGAGGCUGAAGAGUUUUUGAAGUUGCAAGCUGGAGAAGCAGGACUACUAACUUCUCGGUGGUUGGUCAGCCCAGAGACUAUGAUAUCAGAUGAUGGAAGGACGCUGACCCAUCGAUCCGGCAAGCGUGUUUGUUACUCGACCAACAAGCCUAUACCUGCAUGGUUUGACAAAUUCUACUUUGAGGUCACCUGUAAGAGCCCACCUGCUACAACAGAUAAAGAUCGGGAAUGCAUGCAACCAAUUGUGGCCAUCGGGAUCUGUACCAUCGACGCCAGUGCAAUCAACUAUCCAGGAUGGCCUUCUCGUACCCGUGCGCUAUCCGCAAAGUCAUGGCGCUACUAUGGUGAUAAUGGUGGCUUAUACACAUCUGAAGGCAACGUGGGUUAUAUGAGUAAGCAGGGAAUUCCUUAUAAAUACGGUCGGACAGUUGGUUGCGGUGUUGAUAUGGAGAAGGGAAUAAUUUGGUUCACAUUAGAUGGGAAACCACUUCAUGUACAGUUUGAAAAUGUCUCCGGACGGUUAUUUCCGAUGAUUGGACUGCGGGACCCAAUGAUACUGGAGACAAAUUUCCGCGUCGAGAAGCUAGUCGAGACUAUUGGGAACGGCCAAGGAGAUUUGUAG